CCCCUGCUCAGCCUGGCGCACAACCGCCUGGAGCUGAUCCACGGCCGGGCGCUGCUGGGGCUCGGGGCGCUGCGGGAGCUGGACCUCAGCCACAACCGCCUCGCCCUGCUGACCCCCGAGACCUUCCUGCCCCUCUCCAGCCUGGCCAAGCUCAACCUGGGCAGCAACAGGCUGGGGGAGCUGGAGCCCGGCGUGCCGGGCGCCCUGCCCCAGCUCCAGGCGCUUCUCCUGCAGGACAACCCCUGGGUGUGCAGCUGCAGCAUCCUGCCCCUCUGGCGCUGGCUCAGCCGCAACAGGGAAAAAGUACGAGAGAAGAGUUUGCUCCUCUGCAGAGUUCCGGAGCAGCUGAACAAGUAUCCCAUCAUGGCCUUUGGGGACGAGUCCUUCAGGCAGUGCCAGGACACCCUGCUGUCCCCCGAGCACUACAUCUCCUUCUUCAUCAUUGGACCCUUCUCCUUCAUCGCCAGCAUCUUCUUCUGCACCUUCCUGGGCUCCCUGGUGGUGUUCUGCCACAGCCUGCGCCGGGAGUCCCACUGCUGGAGGAGACCCCGCGUCUGCAGGGUGCACUGAGGGGGCUCAGGAGCUCUGCCCUGCCAGGCUGUGCCGUGCCAGGCUGUGCCGUGCCAGGCUCUGCCCUGCCCAGGCUCUGC